AUGGAGCUCAGAGUCGACGAGGUCCUCGACUGGCUGCCUCCCGCCGACGACGAGUCGCUAGCCUUCCUUGACGACGUGCUGCCGUUGGCCAAGCCACAGACGAAGCCCAAGCGCGUGCGUGUGAACCGGAUGGCGGCAGAGCUGCUCGAGCUCCGGGCGGCCGAAAGCCACCUUGAGGACGAGGUUGCGCGGUUGCGCGCCCGCCGCAGCUGCAAGGCUUCGUCCAAGUGGCACAACCUUUCAAUUGCGCAGAACGCGCUGAAGCGCAAGGCGCUGCGCGAGAACGACGAGCUGCGCGCGGCGCUGACCGAGCAGUCGGCCUUCCGCGACUACCUCGAGCGCGCAUUUCGGAGGCUGCCGUGGUCGCUGCACAAGCAACUGCAAGACACCAAGUGGCGCGACUUGACGCUGGACGCCAACGCCGACGAGCGCAUCGCAGCCAUCCACGCCAUUGCCGACCGCCAGUACGCGCUUCUCGCGUCCGAGAUGAUCGCCGCCGGCCUUGGUCGCGUAGUCUCCGAGGGCAUUCGCUCGCGCACGAUCCAAGGCGCCGUGGCUACGAUUGCGGCCGCCGCGCACCAGACGAUUCUCGACCGGCGGCGUCUCACCGCCACCCACGGCAAGCGCACCACCUUCCACGUCGACGACGACACAACGUACAUUCGCGACGAGCUCGUGCAUCCAAAUGGCGUUAUCAAGGUCGUCUCGGGCAUGAUCACCAAGCGCUACAUCCAUCCAACGUCGGGCGCCGUUGCCAUCAUCUGGCGCAGCGUCCUGCACGACGAAGCCGGACCGAUCGAGCCCGGCGUCUUUACCAACAACGAGCACGGCUGGGUCGAGUACUCGCCGUGCAGCGACGGUGUGACGCGGUACAAGGCCUACUUGCGCGCAACGAGUCCGACGCCCGUGGACGAGCUCGACACGCUGAGUAACCUCGUCGACAUGCUGCGCAUUGACCCCGCGCAUCGGUCGACGGAUGUGACGAUCGACGGCAUCACCGAGACCAUUUCCAAGACGUUUGUGAGCCUCUUUACUCAAUUCGAGCAAGAGGUGCACGCCAAGUGCGCUGCCUAGGAGCUUCAUUGCAUGCGUAGCUGACGUUCCUUCUCACUUCAAUACUGCUCGUAUGCAAUAUGUCUUCGAGAAAAGAUGC